AUGGCCAAGAGGGACAAGUUCAGCUGGGAUCUUUUGCUGGUUGCCUACUGCAAAAACGGGCACUUUGAGGAAGCGCGAAAGUUCUUCAGCUGCAUGCCGUGCUGGAGCCUCGUGUCAUUUACUACUAUGAUUUCUGUUGCCUCCCAGAGAGGCCAAAUGCAAGAAAUACAAUCUGUUACAAACUUGAUGCCAGAGCACGAUCUUUUCUCCAUAAACGCGGUGCUUUUUGCCUUUGCCGAAAAUGGGCAUCUUGAUUCUGCCAAGGUAGUCUUUAGCAAAAUGCCUGCUCGCAACUUGGUCUCAUGGACGACGAUGCUGGGGGCUUUAUCUCAGCUCGCGGAUGUGGAAAGCACUUUUGAAGAGAUGCCGGAGCACGAUGUCGUCUCGUGCACUUGCGCAAUUGCAGCAUUCUCCCGUCACGGGCAUCUGGAGUCUUCUCUGGAGCUCUUCCACGCCAUGCGUGUGAGGAAUCUCUCGACUUGCACGGCAAUCCUCUCCGGCUACGUCCACUGCGGCCUCCUGAAAGAGUCUGAGCGCUUCUUUCACAAUCAGAUGCCACAGCACGAUCUUGUCUCCGUCACAACGCUGCUCGUCGCCUACGCCCAAAGCCAACGCCUUGAGGAAGCUAGCUGCCUCUUUGAUUCUCUUCCAUACGUAGAUGCCGUGUGUUGGAACGCCAUAGCCAUGGGACUUUCCCAGUGCGGCCUCCUGGACGAAACCACGAAAAUCCUCGACAAAAUGCCGGCAUGGAAUCUUGCAACCUGGAACACUCUUCUAACAUCACACUCCUUGCAAGGGAAUCUUACCGGGGCUAGAAGAGUCUUUCACGAAAUGCCAGACAAGAACUUGGUGUCAUGGAACGCAAUGCUCUCGGCGUAUGCUCAAAACGGGCAUCUUUCUCUUGCAAGGAAGGUGUUCCAAACGAUGCCCCUGCGCAGCGUUGAAUCCUUCAGUGCAAUGCUGACCGCAUAUGCCCAAGCCGGCAGCCCCAGCGACGUGUUUGAUUCCUUCGAAGAGAUGAAGCUAGUGGAGAUGCCCGACGAUUCCUGCUUCACUUUGGUGCUGAUGGCGAGCAGCCAAAUGGGCGAGCCCAAUGUCGGCGGCUCCUACUUCAACUCCAUGCGUCUGGAUUACGGAGUGGCGGCCAGGAAGCAACACUACUGCUGCAUUGUGGACAUGCUGGGGCGAGCGGGAUACCUGGAUGCGGCGGAAGAGCUUGCGCAAACCAUGCCUUUUCUUCCCAACUCGUGGGACUGGACGUCCAUGCUAAGUUCUUCCAGAGGUGAUAGAAUCUGGAAAAACGGUGCUCGAGUGACGAAACGAGCUUUGCUUUCGAGCCCCAGCGAUGGAGCUUCUCUUGUGCUGCUCGCAAACUCACGCUCCUCUUGA